AGAAGUGUUUCCACGAUGAUUCGUUGUUUCAACGCUUACCGCGUAAGCAAACUACACGAUCAAAACCGGCAUCGCUUCCAAAUCCAAACGCCGAAUAACCAUAUCUCAGAAAACACGAUCGGAAGUCACAAAAUUCUAGUUUUCUCAUCGUCGAUCUCCGAUUCAUCCGAUUCGAUCGAGCACGAUGAGUUUCAUCUUCGGAAAGAGAAAAACACCCGCAGAGCUUCUGCGGGAAAACAAGAGAAUGUUAGACAAAUCGAUUAGGGAAAUUGAGCGGGAGAGGCAAGGUUUGCAGACACAAGAGAAGAAAUUGAUUGGGGAGAUAAAGAAAAGUGCCAAACAAGGCCAGAUGGGAGCUGUUAGAGUCAUGGCAAAAGAUCUUGUUAGAACAAGGCAUCAGAUUGAAAAGUUUUACAAGCUAAAAUCACAGCUCCAAGGUGUAUCACUCAGAAUUCAGACAUUGAAAUCAACACAAGCAAUGGGCGAGGCUAUGAAAGGUGUGACAAAGGCCAUGGGGCAAAUGAAUAGGCAGAUGAACUUGCCAAAUUUGCAAAAAAUCAUGCAAGAUUUUGAGAGACAGAACGAGAAGAUGGAAUUGACAAUGGAAGUGAUGGGAGACGCAAUAGACGAUGCUUUGGAGGGGGAUGAAGAAGAAGAGGAAACAGACGAUCUAGUGAACCAGGUUCUCGAUGAGAUUGGAAUUGACAUAAACCAAGAGCUUGUAAAUGCACCAUCAUCAGCUGUUGCUGCCCCGGCUGCAAAGACUAAGGUACCUCAAGCUGAGAGUGCUGCGACUGAUGAUGGCGGGAUAGAUAGUGAUUUACAGGCAAGAUUAGAUAACUUGAGAAAAAUGUAGUCUUUCAUCAAUGAACCUCUUGUUUACUGGGAAAAAUGAACUUCAUAUGUAUCAUAUAAUUGACAAGGUGUGCCGUGAUUUGAUGAACUCAUCAUGAUUAUAAGUAGAUGCUAUUUUGUAUAAAUAAAAUUAUUUUUUCAGUUUUA